GCUUUAAAAACAAUCAAACAUAAUGUUAUGGGUCCAACUGCUCAUGAUUAACAACACUUUGAAGAAAGAAAUACACAGAAAUACAUUUUUAAGCUUAACUUUCUUGAUAUCUUUCCUCGAUUAUGAGAAAAUGUUAAAGGAACAUGUUAAAAACACCAUUUUCAUUGGAGUGGGACGGAAUUGUUGCCAUGGAUUAGCAGCCUUACACGAAGAACAAAUCAGAAAUUGUAUCUCCAUGCAAAAUCAAAUCAUUAUACAGGAUUUAUUGACAUUUUUGAAUUUUUCAUGGAUGAAAGUAGUGAUGAAUUUGCUUAAAAACUAUCUGGCUGCUGUAACGCAUUUUUCGUUUAACAUUUGUAAUAAAUAAUAUAAAUAGAAAAUGAGACUUCGGUAGAAUUUAAACUCUUGUCUCUGGAAACAGUGAGAUCAUUGCGACCGGCGCCCUCUGCUUCCUGGAUGAUAGCUAGCUUCGGUGCUCGGUACUGCGGGCGGAGAAUCAUCCAACAUGGCUGGCCAGGAAGACCCAGUUCAGAGGGAGAUUCACCAAGACUGGGCGAAUCGAGAGUAUAUAGAAGUCAUAACGAGCAGCAUCAAAAAAAUCGCCGACUUUCUGAACUCUUUCGACAUGUCCUGUCGAUCCCGCCUGGCCACCCUCAACGAGAAGCUGACAGCGUUGGAGAGAAGGAUCGAGUACAUAGAGGCCAGAGUGACAAAAGGAGAGACCCUGACCUAGAGAGGACCAUGGAUGGGACUUCAUGUUCUCCCUGAAUCUGUGUACCCAUCCAUCCACCACCCAGAGCUUUUGGACUGAGCGUUCUGGACUCCACCUUCCCUUUUUUAGGGGGGAUCAUCAUAAGGACCAUUUUUAUAUCUUGUGAUUGACCUUUGUUGUGUUGUCUUCAUGGCAGAAUUUUGAACAUAAAAUGAGUCCAUCUUUGGGGUGUGGCUGACUUCAUUGUUAUUUUUUAGAACAAAGUGGGAAUCAUCAAGUUUUGGUUUCAAAAUGAUAUUCAGAAAUGGACCUGCUCUAAACUUUAAGCAUGCAGUGUCAUAAACAAAUCAGAGAUUUAUAUAGAAAAAUAGGGGUCAAUUCUCAUGUGCCAAGUUGAACAAGUAAUUAGUUAGAGACCAUUGAGGAUAUUUGUACAGCAAAUGUUUCUGAAAAUAAAGGCAUUGCAUUGUUUGGCUCUAUUAUGUUUAACUGGACUACAAAAGUCCUACUGAUGUAAUUAUUAGGAAAUGUAUAAAGUUUAGUUAUAAGAAACAAAAUAAUAUUGUGCAUAUGGUAAGUUAGAACACGUUCAUUUUGUUCACAUCAAUCACAGCAAACUAAGGGAUGUAGGGGUUGUGUAUUUUGAAUUUUACAGUUUGAAAUUAUAGGUUUUCCUAAUGUCCUUUUUUGAUUCAAACUUUAUGAAAUAAGAUUUUUUUUCUUGUUUGUUUCAUGUUGGAAACGUGUAACAAAUCUGUAAACUACAACUCCCAAUUAAAUUAAAAAAAUGGCGGAAA